AUGGCCGGCGAGCCAUUGAUCAACGAGUUCAACACCGGCUUCGUGACUUACCUCGACAGCACGAACUAUACCAAGGGAUUCCUCACCCUCCUUGAAACCAUUCGCGUCAUCCCCAACUUCGACUGGGCCACCCGCUACGACACAAUCAACGCCAAUUCCGACUCUUCCGGCCUGACCUGGAACGGUAUCACCAUCGCCGAGGACGCCACACUCGCCGUCGAGAAGGGCGCCAAGGCCAUCUAUAUCUCUGACCAUGGUGGCCGUCAACUCGCCCAUACGCCCGGUCCUCUUGAGAUCGACUACCAGAUCUACCGCAACGCCGCUGAGGACUUCCAAAAAGUUGAUGUCCUCAUAGAUAACGGUGUUCGCUGUGGUAAAGACGUCCUGAAGCCUCUUGCCCUUGCAUCGGCUCUCGAUAUCAUCAAGACUGAGAUCGUUCGUGAUGGAAGUCGUAUGAGCGCGACUGAUGUCCACGACUAUAGCACCAACUUCCUCGUGCAGCACGUUUUCCCCUUUGACAAGCAGUAA